UUAAUCCUGAACCCAGUUGCCCCUCUUGUACUUUUUUUCACCUUUAUUUAACCAGGUAGGCUAGUUGAGAACACCUUUAUUUAACCAGGUAGGCUAGUUGAGAACACCUUUAUUUAACCAGGUAGGCUAGUUGAGAACAAGUUCUCAUUUGCAACUGCGACCUGGCCAAGAUAAAGCAUAGCAGUGUGAACAGACAACACAGAGUUACACAUGGAGUAAACAAUUAACAAGUCAAUAACACAGUAAAAAAAAAGGGGAGUCUAUAUACAUUGUGUGCAAAAGGCAUGAGGUAGGCGAAUAAUUACAAUUUUGCAAAUUAACACUGGAGUGAUAAAUGAUCGGAUGGUCAUGUACAGGGAGAGAUAUUGGUGUGCAAAAGAGAAGAAAAGUAAAUAAAUAAAAACAGUAUGGGAAUGAGGUAGGUAAAAAUGGUUGGGCUUUUUGCCGAUAGACUGUAAUAAGAUAUACCUUAAAGACUGCUUGUGUUUAAUCCUGAAUCCAAUUGCCCCUCUUGUACUGCGAUAAAACAAUAGGCAAGCCAUUAACCUUAUGGAGGAGUGCAUGUGUUUUGCAGACACACCUGGGUUCUAGACUGGCUGAGGUAAACAUUUUAGGAAAGCCUGGGUUUUUAAAUCCCGGUGAAAGCAGAUAUGACAAGGUUUGUCAAUGUCAUGUUGCCCUUCUAUUUAGAUGAAACUAGCGAAAAUGAUAAUUUUGCUUCUCUUAAUCCACAUUUUCUAGCAAAAAACAUGUUCAUGCUUUAGGGCUGGUGGGCUGCAAAUAUAUUGGUUAAAAUAUAGUGUGUGUGUGUGUGUGUGGGGGGGGGGGGGUAGUGGAUGAUGUCAUCAUUGUAAACUAAAUUCAGCAUAGCCAAACCUUGUAUAAAAUAGGUUGAAUUUGUACCUUUGAAACCAUGUCAGAUUUUCAACAUUAUAUACACUUUCAGAAAAAAACAAUAGGCUGGGCAGCACCUCAGCCCGGGUUUGAACCCCAUCCAGGGUUUUAACGACACCCAGCCCUGAUUAGCUUUAAUAUGUCACUGACUACUACCAAUAUGCUAUUGUGAGAAUUAUUAUUGAGAGAUCUCUUAAUAACAAAAUAUAUUCCGUGUUAAUAUCGAAGUCAUUCUAAGGGGUAGGUUUGACAAAGCAAAUGAGUGAGUCUUUGACAUGAAUACAGUGGUUAGAUUCUGCCAUUGGGACUGCUCUGAUGUUUCCAUUCUCUCCUGGUUAUGACCAUAGAGCCUUGUCCCAGUCUCUAGACCUGCCUGUCUGUGUGGUGGAUGACCACCUGACCUCUGAAGCUGUUAAUGAGAUGCAGCAGAGCAAUUCUACCAGGAGCAGAGCAACCUCAGUGAUGGAAACCACAGAAGAGGGGAAGCUCAACAAUGUAGAACAUCUGACACUUAUGGACUUCCUUCAAAACCUAACUGAGAAGCAAUGGAGGGGGAUCCGUGAGGGCAUGUUUGACCCGCUGACAAAACAACAGCUUGCCGGAUUGUGUCUGAGGAUUGUCCAGUUUUUAUCGGACAAGCUGAUGCAGAUCAUCAUCCCAGGUCUUUACGAACUACUGGGCAUCCAAGAUACUGCCUCCUCUCCAUUGUCACAGAGAUCUCUCACAGCGUCACUCACCAGUCUGUUAGAUGAUAAGACGAACACCAAGUCCCGCGUGAGAUUUACUGAGGCUGGUGUACCUAAGAGGCCAGGCAGUCGAAAGUCUUACAAUAGCUUUCGCAUCCCAACUCCCUACCCUUCCUCCAACUGUAUGGAGCAGGAAGAGGAAGAAGAGCAGGAAUCACAACAACUUAAGUUCAAGGAGAUUUACCUGACUAAGGGCAGUGGAAGCUACCUGCCCAAGGGGGCCAUGAGGACUCUAACCUCUCUGUCUGAUGUGCAGAAGAAAACAACCAACUCUGAGACGCUACAAGUCCUCUUAGGUGUCUCAGAGGACACCCUCGUCACCUGUGUGCAGGACAGCCUGCAAGGUUCUCUCUCCAAACUUGCAUGCAUGUCCAAUUCUCCAUCUGGAAGUGCAGGCUCUAUGAUGCUAACCCCUGCUGUAAUGGCAGAGUUGGCUAAAGAUGUCAAGUCGGCCUUAUCAGUGGUCGUUAAGAGUGCCUCCGCUAGCCAAACCUCUCUAGUGACACCGGUAAGGGGAGACUCACAGACCAAGGUGACUGAGAGCAUGGUGAGAGAGCUGGCUGCUAAACUUGAAAAAGUUGACCAAGAGAGCAAGAGUCUAACAGGGCAAGUCAUGACCACCAUCUCUGACACAAUGGUGGCUUUUGUUGACGAGAACGAACAGAAUUUGCUGGAAGAUCUGAAGGACAAGAUCACAUUUUUGGCAUCGCAUGUUGGCUUCAUUGAGGAUCUUGAUGCCCUGAUAAGGAAAUACGAGAGCAGCUACAAUAUUAGUGAAUCUGGUUCCUCCUGCACGCUCACAUCUAAGAGCAUCCAAAAACUCUCCAGCCGGGAGUUUCAAACAUCAGCAAUACAAGCAGUGAGUGGAGUUCUUGACAAAAAAGUCAGUAGUUUGAGCUUUCCUAGUUCAGUCGUUCAGUCUGAGUUAACAGGUGCUGUAUCAGGUCAAACAUUGUCUGGCAUUGUAAAGACAGAGUCAAUUCACCCAGUGGGCUCAGCAGCGUCAGUAGUUGUUAAGACUUUCGUGUCAGAUAUGAAGUCAUUGGCUGAAUCUGAAGAGAGUCCCCAACAGAAGAGUGCCUGGUCUGCUGCUGUUCACAUUUACCACAGCAUCCAAAAUAACUUGAAAGAUUAUUUCGGCAAGCUUCAGCGAUGUGCCUUAAAGAGCAUGGUCACAUCUGAUGAUAACAUCACAAAUGCUGAGUUUAAGGAGACAGUUCCACUUCCUUGCUUAAACAUGAAAUAUAGGCCCAGUAAGAGUGAGCCUCAGUUGCCAGAGUCCACUGGUGCAGUUACUUUACAAAGAGGCCUAAGUGAGAGCUCAAAACUUCUUUGGGCAAAAACUGAGUCAGAAGAAAGCAAGCUCCUUCUGACAACUUGCACCAAAGAAGUCAUCUCAGAGCUUCUGGUCUUGUACAACACUGAGAUGUCAAAGGAGGACCCCCUGUACACUGUUGGAGAAAAAGGAUCAGGCUUCUCUUUUGAGAGAGAGAAAUUUGUAGAGGGUGUUCUGGCUCAGCUUGGGGAUAUCUCCCAUUCCAGGUCCUCAUCACCAAUAGUAUGUGAGUUCCCCUGUCAAAUUGAGGACAGCAGAAGUAAGGCCACAGCUUCUUUGACCAGUCUGUUAGAUUGUAUUAGAAAACUCUCAAGUGAGGAAUUUAAGAGAAAUGCCACUCAAGCAGUGAGUGAGUUCCUAGUUAAAAAGUCCACCAGUAGCUUAACUAGUGCACAGCCUGCUUAUUCUGUAGCAUCCAGGUCUUGUUCCAUUCAAAACCAGUACACAUGGUCAAAGGAUAUUUGUGCGGAUUCUGCUGCCUUUGGCAUCAUUGAAACAUUUGUGGAAGACCUGCAGAGCUCGGCGCAACCUGCAGAAGUAGAGGAAAGAGAACCUGACCUCCAGGAAAAUGCACAAAAGCUACAGAGCAGGAUCUGGUCUGCUACCACUAGUUUAUAUAACAAUAUUAAGAAGACAUUAAAGGACUUCAUCAUUCACCAGCGGAGGUCAGACAUGCUGAGCAGAAUGUCUAGUCAUACACCCACAGAGGACUCUGGACAUCUUGGGACUAAGGAGCACAUUUGUUUGGCAAGCCAGGACUUGAGGCAAGCUAGUAAGAGUGUGCCUCACUUGCCCAGUUUGAACCUUGAAGUGGCUCUACACAGGGGUGUCAGCGAGAGUUCAAAACUUCUCUGGACUGAAACAGACGAGGGUCUACUGACCAAUAGUACCAAAGAGGUCAUUUCAACAAUCUUGACCUCAUGCGAGGAUCAGGCAUCAAAUGCACCUUGCUUCUCCACAGUAGGAAAGAAAAUAUCUGAUAUGUCCCUUGAGGUCAACAUGUUGGUAGGUGGUGUUCUGUCUCAGCUGAAGGACAUCUCCUUGUCAAGGUCCCCAACACCAUGUGAAGACAUGUUUGAACGUCUCCAAGGUUCUCCUGAGCGAACCUCUCCAGUAAGUCUAGAUUGCAGCACAGCUGCCUCCAAAGGCAUUGCAUCUUCCCACAGUCUUUCAACAAAGAGCCUCCAAAAACUCUCUAGUCAUGAGUUCCAAACCAAAGCUGAGAAAGGAGUGAGUGAGGUCAUCUCUAGAUCAUAUAACAUUGUGGAGGAAGGUACAACAGAUAAGUACCUCCAGUCUGUAUCUACAUCCACCACAUCUACUGAUAUUAUACAAACCAUGGUGAAAGACCAGCAGGAGCUCCCCAGACCACCCAAUCAUCUGACAUGGUAUCUGGAACCUCCCUGCUCACCACUGGACAGGUUUCUGAGAAAAGGAUCCGGUCUGUUGCUCGUAACAUCUACUACAGUCUGCAAAGUAAGAUUACGGAGUUUCUCAGAAAAGAUCUUCAAAGAUCAGACACAACACUUGGUUCAAUCCAAAUCUUUACAUAUCAAAGCAGUCCUGCAUCACAAAGAGCAAGUCUCGGCCAUCUUGAGGUCAACCAGAGCAGUGUUACACCUGGUGGAAACGAUGCCUGUGUGGACAUUCCGCACAAAUUACUAUCUAAAACCACUGAGCUCUCGGGAUCCAUGCUGGAGGAUAUUGACACGAUCCGUUGUAGGAGUGCUGACAGCCAAAAUACAAGAAAUACCUCUUCUUCACGCUCCUCCAUCUCUGUAACACCUACUUCAAAAUUAAGGCAGUCGAAAUGGCACUUUGCCUUACCCGGGACUCCCAUCCCCACUGAGUUUCCUGCUCAGAUUGACUUUCCCAUUGUUAGAAACACAAUCAUUGAGGACUUCUUUCACACAGAGGACUUACUUCCUGUAACCUUUGUGGACAAAGUCAGGCAAGCUGCUGGGGUGGUAGUGGACAUUAUGGUGGAAAGUGUUGAGAACACACAGGAAGAUGGACAGGGUGCUUCUCAUCUUGACGACCUCCGAUCUGCUGUUAGGAAAUUGAGAAAAAUCAUUUCCACUUGGACCAUCCACAUUUUCAGUCAUGAAUUGGUGGAUAAAGUGAUAGCCCUUCAGGACAGCCACAGCACUCCACAGGUCUUAACAUUGGAAGCAGCCAAAAGUGCUUCAGACUCCAUUCUUUCAAGGCUGAAAUGGGGAAAGGAACAAUGUGCCAUAUCCAAGGAGCUCUCCUCUCAGCUUCUCCAGAUAUUUGCUGAAGAGACAGUGAAGUGCUUCCUGAGACAGUGGUCAGAUGAGUAUGAAAACAUAAACUUUGAUGUUUCAGUCCAGAACGAUCCAAAGACUUCUACUUGCAUGGUCAUUCUUCAAAUGAUCACCAAAGCCACUGCUAAAUGUUAUUUUGAGUCCGCUACCAGCGUGGCCACCAGUGACAUUGUAGAAGGCGUGUUUGAUUUGGAAAGGGAUACCAUCAGCAGUACUGGAGAGCAGGUCCUCACCUUUAACACAAAGGUAUAGUCCACAUACAUCUUUCAUGAAUAACACUGCUGUUGACCUUUUGUGAGAUAUAUGAUUAUUUGUGUCAUGGCAUUGCACUGCUUCUUUGCAAUUGAUAUGCUGUACUUUAAGAUAUCGAAAAAAUUUCAGUUUGUUUUAAUGUGCCUUUUCCCACCAACCAGGGUUCCAAGAAAGUUAGUAAGAACCUCUGUCCUCAAGAGUCUCUGGAGUACCAGCCUCAGAACAUUUCCCCUACUGUGUACUUUACAGAGACGAUGACAACAUCUCAUGGCUCCUUUUCUCCAGAGGGAAUUUAUGAUAUCGCAUCGUCCUUCCCACUUGAAGAGAAGAGUCGCAAA